AUGGUCGGGAAGGAGAGCGAGCACCAGGCGACAAUUGGCAUGCUCAAGAACGCGGAUGCAGAGCUAAAGAUUGUCAUUGCGGGGAAUCAUGACAUCACUCUUGACGAGGACUACUAUAAUAGCUUCGGAUAUCGUCGACACAGAACUAGGGAAGACCUGGUUAAGAUCAGGGACAUGUACUGCGGGGAGGAGGCGAGGAAACACGGCAUCGUCUAUAUGGAUGAGGAAUUGAGAACGUUCACUCUGAAAAACGGCGCCCGAUUCACUGUCUAUGCGUCUCCGUACCAGCCGGAAUUCUGUCGAUGGGCCUUCGCCUACAAGCGUCAUCAAGACCGAUUCAACCCUGCCGUGGAAGGCUCACAAUUCAUUGCGCAAAACCCAGUACCCGAUUUUCCUACUGUGGAUGUUAUGAUAACUCAUGGGCCUCCAAGAGGGGUUAUGGAUGAGACUAUCAGCUGUGAACCUGUCGGUUGCGACCACCUUCGACGCGCGGUUACCCGAGCUAAACCUCGCCUCCAUUGUUUUGGCCAUAUCCAUGAAGGAUAUGGUGCUCAACGAAUGGAAUGGGCGGGGGAGAAAGUAACGAAUAUAAAUCUUGAUCAAUCGACCGUGCUCAAGGAUCGAGCCUCUUAUAUUAAUGUCAGCCGCGACGGCGCUGAUAAUCCCUUGAAGGUGGGAGAGGAGACCUUGUUUGUCAACGCCAGCAUCGUCACUGUCCAAUAUGACCCAGUGCAUGCCCCCUGGGUUGUUGAUAUCGAUCUACCUCGUUCGGAUGAUUCAUGA